ACAGUCAUGACUGUGAUCCCAAAGGCCAGAGUCAAGUCUAAUCAAACCAUCGCUGCUUGUGUUUGAGUCCUUCAUUUCAUGCUAUCCCCUUUUCUCUUAUUUUCUAUAUAGCAGGAAAUAUUAACCUUGAGAUACAGCAGGAUAACUGAGGAUAAAUGUGAUCACCAAACAGGAAAACUAUGGCAGGGACCUGCCUGAUUUGGGUUAAGAUUUGAAGUAAGGGGUCAUAUUAGAAGGUAAAUAGAGACUUCCUCGUGAAUAGUUUUCUCUGGGUAAUGCAUCUUUUAUAAGAUUUGUGGAGGAUGAAAUCAAGGCUGUAGCCAUUACUGCAGUUGGAUACUGUACGACUGCAGUAUUCCUAAAAUGGACCUGGCUCUGAUACAGAAAAACAGCAUGCUAUCAUUCACCAAAACGUCAUCCAUGUAAGAGAUCUUUUUACAUGUCUCUGUUUUGGUGAAACCAAAGAUGGAUAAGACAGGAUGACUCAGAUUUAGAGGGCGAUAAAUACUUGUGUCUGUUGGCUCUCUACCUACCACUGAGGCCUUUGACGUCUUUGGAUGUUGUUUUUUGUGGAAAAAAAGUCCUCAAUUUGGACCCUAGUGGUAUCCAGUGAAUAAAUAAAAUCAGGAUGCUGUAUCUUAAGACUAAAAUGCAAUGAGUUAAAACCUUUUCAUUAACUGAGUAAUUUAUUUUUUGCAGGGUUAUUCCUCAGACUGGAAGUUCUCUGCAGGGAGAGUUUUUUAUGUCCUAUUUUUAAGGUCAUGUUAUCUCGAGUGUUGGUAUUUUAUGUUUCCUCAGCACAAGCUCAUGAGCAGUUUAAGUACCUGUGUACUCUCUUUGGUGCAACUUGUGCACUAGUGCAAUGCAAAUGUGGGGAAAAUGUGCAUUUUGCUCUUUUGUGGUCAAGCAUCAGCUGAUACAAUAUAAGGAUUUUUUUAAGUAGACCAAACCAGCCCCAAGUGUGUGACGCAGUUAAAAUUAGCUCUUCCUCUUCUGAUGGCCAGUGCAAAUGUGGGGGUGUCGGACACCCUGUCCUCUGGCACUGCAUUGAGAAUACCAUCUCCCACCACUCACUUAACUUAGCAUUGUUAUUUAAGUCUAGUUUUCAAAUGGCACAAAGUAGAGAUUCUGCAGUAUUUACAUUACUGCAAUAUCUAGGCCUGAGUUUGGGAUGUAUGAACAUUUGUGACGCUGCGUUACAAGACUUACAUGAGAAGCAGUCCGAGGAGAUUGAAUGCAUCUGCUUUAAAUGAAAAAAAUUAGUAUUUGAUAUGACUUGCUGGUUCAUGCUGUAUUUAUUAAACGCUCAUGGUUGUGGUAAGGUCACUGGACAAUUUAGACUGAUAGUUCCUGAAACAAAAGUAAUGAUCUUAAUUUUUGAAUACUGACCACAGUUUUUUUUAUUUCAUUUUAUAGUAAACCUUGUCCAGUGCAUCUUCAUUUGAACCCCCUUUGACUACCUGUAUGUUAGGGCAAGGGAAAAUAACCAAAUUAGAUAGGUGUUAAAAGUUUAUGAGAAUAUUAUCUAGCAGGUGUCCCUAAAAAAUACCAGAAUUACUUAAAAAAAUAGAUAUACUAAGAGUAGACUUUGUUUUCUACUUUCUGUGGGUAGUUAGCUGAGGGAAAUGUGUAUUCAAUGGCUGCUCUCAAAAAGGGAGUAUUUUUAGUGAUAAAGCGACAUGAGAGUGUUUCUUCUCCAUCGGCAGAGGUCAGUUUUUGCUGUAGUAAAGGAUAUUUAAUUGAGUUGAAGAGACGACGUGAGAGAUAGACAGCAUCAGGAGCGAGAUACAGGGACGGAGAUGGAAAUGAGUGGGCUGCUGGUUGAAGCACUGGCUCUCGUGCAUUCCUCGCGUGUGUGUGGGCGCGUGGCUCAGGGUUCAGAGCAGUCGGCCCUCCUCCUCCUCCCCUCUCUCCUCCUCCCUGCUCCCUGUUCCGCCCCCCCGCUGCUCCGACAGAGACAGGCAAAAGGCGGAGGAGGAGCAACGGACCUCACAAUCAACUGACGCGGGGUGUACAGCACUCGGUCGGUCGGUAAGAAGCCGGCAGAAACCCACGGAAAGAGGAAGACAUCCGCUAACGGUAAGACAACGGUGACGCUCGCGCUGACAGUUGACGCUCUGUCUCGUCGAUUAGCUUGAUUAACAGUCUACUCCGCAGGUUGGCGUCGACGUGUCUUGCUGUCUGUUUGAGCGCUUAUGCCUUAGUAGGACUUUUUUUUUGUUUAUCUCUGAGUUUAUUUGGUAAAAGUUCCUAGAGGUUAGGGUAACAUCCAUGAUUUUGCUUUAAGAACAGUAAAAACGGUUGAAUAGGAGGUCUAACGAGCUAACUGAGCCCCGGAGCCCUGGUAUCGCGACGUCGCUGAAUGAGUGUCUGUCAGCCUGUAUUUGUUGUUUUUUAAUCAUAAAAUCAAACUGCUGUGAUUAAUUGUAUAGAUUUGUGUCUAGUAAUUUUGAGGUUUAAUUUUUUAAAUUUAACUUAAUCGUGUUGGGAUGUAGAAAUGUGAGUUGAAAGGCGCUGUAAGUUACCUACAACGAUCAGCGAUGACAUUAUGAACACCUGGGCAAUCCAAUUCAACCGCUCUACCGUGAAUUUUGAAUUGCAAACAUGAUCAGACAGAGGAUUAUUGUACCUUAUUUUCAUGAGAAUUAGAAACCGUUGUGGGUUAAUAUCAUAAAUUGUUCCUUUCAUUUGGUCCUCUUCAUUUACAGACAUGAGGUGGACAAAAUAUUAGGAACAUCUUUCAAUAUAAUACAUACACGCACUACAACAAUUCUGCCCUGUCUGAACAUGUCAACGGAAUUUUAAAUUUGGGAGCCUAGUAAAAGUAAAUCUUGGAGUAGAGGUGUUGUAUUGGGUUGCAUUAGGGUGUUGACAAUGUUAAGGCUGGUUGAUGUGUUGCUCAUUGUUUGCAUUACAAAAGUCCCUCUUUGACAUCUGCGAUAGUUCUGACUCCACGCCAGUGCCCCCGCUUUUAUCCUUCUUAUCCUAUCCUUCACCGACCGCCGCUGUCCACAUGCAGCUGACAGCACGGUGAAGUCCCGGAGCAGGAGGUCCGCUCCCUGCCCCUGCUGUUUAAAAAUAGCCCCGUGUGUCAGCUUAGCCUGGGUCACGGUAAUGCGACACACACAUACACACACACACACACACACACACACACACGGUUCCCAUCGGUUGGUUUUUCCUGCACUCAAGACAGAGUCCCACAGACCCGGUGCUGCACCGUUACAUGUCUGUCCCGUUAUGUGGGUCAACAGGAUGCAGCAAACUUGUGUAUGAAGAUGACAUCUGUUUGUUUUUUGCACACUUAUCCAUCCUUGGUUUGAACUUGUGACACAGUAUGACACUGUUAGUGUUAGACUGAACUUUGAGAAGUUGUAAAACUCAUCGUGUAAAAGUGUCCUCUCACAACCGCACCUGUUUGUCUGAGUUAUGCAUGCAGGUAUUUUCCCCACCUUAGCUGCAGAGAGACGCAUCACCCACAUCACUUCGGCUAUAGGACUGCUGUGGCUGCUGAGGUGCUGCUGGUGGCUCAAAGGACAACGUAACCUAAAUUUCACAUAUGCAGCCUACUUUCUGUUCUGCGCUUGUCUUUGAGCAGAGGGUAAAAUCAUUUGUGCCCUUUUUUUACUCGAUACAAGAUGGGAAUAGAACAGAACUUGCUUGUAUGAGAUAUUAUAGCUGCAAACACACAAAGUGCAGUCACACAAGAUGUAAAAAUAUAUUGAAAGUGGGGGGAAAAAAACCUCAAAUACCACAUGAAGGGAAAGGAAAGCAGCCCGAUUAAAAGCCUGCAGAGACUAUGGAUAAACACAGCGCUUAAGGCUAUGAGUUUGAGCCUCAAAAUUCUCAAUGAUUGUUUUAAAGCAGAGAAACCUGCUCCCUCUUUUUUGUCUCUGCUGAAUCAUUUCCUAAUGAGCUCUGGGCUGGGGGAGAAAACAUGAAAUCCCUUCUUAAAUGCAGCCAUAAUCUUCGAGAGAAAACACAAACAACUUUGGGUGGCCAUAGGCAGUGAUGAUUUUAAUAUAUGUUUUUGUUUUCAAAGCAGUGUGCCCUUAGUUGCAGUAAAACUCAGAACAAAGCGCAGGAUAUUAGACACAAGCUUACAAAGUCUGGUUGUGUUAAACGAUACAAGAGCCACUGGUGAUUACAGGCCUGGUACUGAAAGAUGGAUUUUUCAGUGGUCUUAAUUACAAACAGGAUUCCUCUGGGCUUAGCACUUAAUAGAACUUGAGUUAGCUGACAAUGGCCAUCUAAAGUAGCUUUUGGACAUUUUCCCUUUGGCCUGUCUGUGUGUCAGUGUAGAUGAGCCAGGCAGCUUUUGGCUGCAGAAGAAAGGUCUCCUGGUGAGUAGGUGGCUCUGAGGCUGGAGGCUUCGGGGAGAGCAGCAGAUGGAUGAUGAUGUAGCGGGUACUGGCGCUCCCUGCCUCCCGCCGCCAUCCGUCACGCGCUAAUGAUCGUGUCACACCUUCUCCCCGGGCGGCCGGCCGCUUCUGCAGUGCUCAGCUCAAAAACUAGUAGCACCGCUCAAAUCCCCUCUUCAUGGCCAUCGGCGGAAAAGCCCAGAGACAGACUGCGCUGCAAGCCUUUCUAUCACUAAUUCUUCACUUCUUCCGUUCUCCACCGCUUUCCCUCACCCCUAUUCACCUUUAAAGUCCCUGCAGACUGUUUCCUCAUCUCUCUUCAUCCCCUGUAUCCCUCGCCUCUCAUUCAUCUUGUUUUCUCUGUAGUGCAUCUGCUCCACAUCAUUCUUCUCCCUUUCUGUGCGCUUAUGUCAUGUUCCUGUUCUCCGCUUUUGCUCUCAAUCCACUGCUCUGAUAAUACAGUUCAGCACCAGCAGGCUCUCUCGUGUUUUAUAUACGUUUCUUUGAUUCGAAUGAUAAAUGGAGAUGUGUAGCCUUUUUUCCCUAAACCUCUACUCUGCAAGGUCUGAGGUCAGGGUCGGUUAUAGCAUCAUACACAUGGAGUCCGUCUGUUUUGCUAAAAGACACCUCAGCAAGAACUCACCAACAGCACAUCGGGGAGUCUCACAAGUCAUUAUGUCCUGCAGAGUGUUUAUAUGUCCCUUUUUCUUCCCUAGAAAUUAUGCAGAAGCCCCUCGAGCUGAAAGACAGUGAUACAGAUUGGCUGAAGCACACUUCUGCAGAUUAAUUUCUUAAUUAACCAGUAAUUCCUUUUAUUUGUUACGUAAAAGCGAAUAACCAAAUAGUAAGCCUGAGGGUAGGCAUUCCAACUGAUAAUUCUGCUUAACAAUUGUCCAAAAUGCAAGAAUGUCACAAUUUUUGAUGUAAAAUUCAAAAAAAAAUUUCUUGUUUUUUCUGUUGGGGAAUUUUUUCUUUUUUUUUCACAGUCAAACUAACAAUCAUCUCUCAGCUUCAGGAGCUGUUGCAUCAAGAAACUAAUUUCCCUAGAAAACCCGUGACCUUCUUAAAAUGAUCUUAACCUGUUUUACACUUAAUGAAAAACAUUCAUUUGUAUUGCACCAUAUAUUAUUAUACCUCAUCUUUAAAGUACAACAUCUAUCAAAUCCAGCAGUAAAAUGUUUUGCAUUUGGUUUGAAAUUUGACCAUCGUAUUCUCAUGAAAUAGCAGACCAUCUCAUGCGGAGAUUUCAGACUCCUGUCCACCACACUAGACAUUUUUUUCCUGGGUGUAAUCAUUGCGGUCUUGUAUUGUGUUUCAUUGAGGCACUAUGGAAAGUAAACACCACUUUGGUUGCACUUGGAUUGACAGGGCUCUUUUUUUUUAAACUGCUGUUAUCUCCAGUCGGGUGUUAAAUAACCAUGUUAUGGGACUCGGUGUCCUCGAAGCUAGUUAUACUGUCCCAGGUGUUACAGGAAUAAGUGUCCCCUUGAGCUGUGUGCUGCAGCAGAAUGUGUCCCCACUGAAUGCAUUUGGCUCUUUGGAGAAGAUGGUGGAAUGCCACUUCCUCUAGUGUCUGUCUGUGUGUGUGUGUGUGUGUGUAAAUGUGUGUUUGUGUGUGUUCUGACGUCUUUGGUCUCAGCUCUGUUCUCACCACCAGGAUCAGAGACUCAGCUUGGCAUUCUGGGAAUAUCAGUGCUGGUGGAUCGGAUGAUACUCUCCACAGCUGCUGUUUCUAAGAAAAGCUGGAGGACACACUCACCCACCCACCCACCCACCCACACACACAGACCAGACAUGUAUCCACAUGAACUGCACCCAUGUAAACACAAAUGCAAAAAUCCAGGUCCAAGCAGAGGCCAAAGUGUUUCCAUCAUUACACAAGUACAUCCACACUUACAGCAACACACUUUGAGCAGCAAUUAACUGUCAAGCCAGGAGAGCAUUUGGAAUGCACACACACAAACACACCAGCUUAGCUACUUGAUGUCAUUUCCAGCAGCUAUGCUUUUAUGCUCUGGCAACUGUUUGAUAUGAGUGCAUAUGUGUGUGUGUGUGUGUUUGUGUGUUUGUGUGUAAUAGUGUAGCGGCGUUUCUGCUGAACAAUGACCACUAACACUGUUUUCUCCCCUGUGUUUUUCGAUCUCCUCAGGCUAUUUUCUGUUGACCAGUAAAGAGCCGGCAGAGAGAGGAACUGUAGAGAAAAGCGAGCACAGGCGGAGAGGAUAAUUGCAUUUCUGGCUGCCCCGUGGGAACAUGGGAUAUAUGACCUCAUCAUUCACCUGUGAGGCUCUCCAGUAAACAAUUCCAAAUAGGUAAGAACCGUGUACACAGAAAUACACACCACUGCAAAUGCACAUGUAGACAGAGAUAGCUUUGAACAGCAAACAUCAUAUUUAAAAUCAACACAUUCAGACAUUAUUAGGGUGGAUGCAAACAGAACAACAUUUACAUGUCUUCUGUUAUUUAGAAGGAUGACUGAAGUCGCUGUGGAAAGCACAGAUGUCCUCUUAAGACCCUGUGAUGUGACAUCGUGUGAUGUCAUCAGUGACCCCUCCCCUCCACCAUGUCAGUCACUCUGCAAUCAGAUGGAGGAUGAAGAACAUCAGCAUGAUAAGAAGCUGGAACAGCAGGUGAGUGACACAAGACAAAGCGACUUAUAAGUACGCCGUGUAUCGUACGCCGACGAACACUGCGAACAGCGUUCUUAGUGAGGUCCUUUUAUGACAAAUUAUGUCCUCACUUGCAGAAUCUCUGCAACCAGGUGCAACCAAAGAAAAGAGUCAAGGUAAGCUAAAAUAAUUCAGCCUCUCAUUAUUCAUCCUCACUGAAAUAUCGAUUGUAUUAAACUCUAUGAAUUUAUAAUAUCGCUCGCCUGUGUGCGUAUUUCAGGCCAAAGGAAAGUUAAUGCGGAGUAUAGCUGUCUGCGAGGAGUCCUCACCAUUUGAAGAAACCAAGGUAACACAUAAACACAAAAACAUCCAGAGAUCAUCAUCCAACCUCUCAUCAUCACCAGCCUCAAAUUACUCUUUUUUUUUUUUUUUUCCUCCCUCAGACAUCUCCAGACACAAACAUCUCGUCUAGCUGCCAUGACAACGAGAGAACUUCCUGCAAGGAGGAAGAGUCGGAGAAGAGCACAGAUCCAAAGAAACACUCACUUUCCAAAGGUACGUGUGUGUGAUUGAUAUCUCAUAAAAGAGAGACAGCAGAAAACAAAUAAAAUGUAAUAAAAUGGGAUUCACUGUCACUAUUAAGAUGUUGCUCUCCCGGGGUGUUAAAUAUUGCAGUUUGCCUCUUUUUGUGUUUUUUAUCUUUAUUGUCUUGUAUUAAAUCUAACCUGUCUGCCCGUCUGUUUGUGCUGCUCUCAGAGUCCAGCGUGGAGUACACCGACUCCACCGGCAUAGACCUGCAGCAGUUUAUCAUUGACACCCUCAACAGCAAUCCCAGAGACCGCAUGAUGCUGCUUAAACUGGAGCAGGACAUGAUCGACUUCAUCACCAGCAGUAGGUGAGUCCGUGUGUGUAUGAAGGAGACAACAUAACCUUGAGGUCUCGCGCUCAAUAACUCAACAAACCCAGUAUGUAUGCUAAGUCCUGUGAAAGUCUAAAUACAUGUUCAUGCUAAUUAAAGACAUGGUUUGAUCUCUUAUGUUAUAAUUCUGUCCAUACAGCACCCAGAUCAAUAUAUAUAGAGCGUGUUAUGUUAGCGUGGGUGUGUUAAAGCCACCAGGGAUGGAUUUGGACAUGAGCCAAAAAAUACAACCAGUCUCAGUCCGCCUCUUUCUUUCGCCUUCUGUCCUAUCUCUCCCAUGCUUUGACUCUUAUUUCCCUCCCACUUUCAUUUGUAUUUCUGUAUUUCUCUCCUCCUCUUGCCUCCUUUCCUCCUCCCCAUACUCCUUCAUCUCACCUCACUUAAUUCCUCUGUUUCACCUCCCUCAGUCCCUUUAAGAAGUUCCCUCACAUGUCAUCCUACCACCGUAUGCUGGUCCAUCGGGUGGCGGCCUACUUUGGCAUGGAGCACAAUGUUGACCAGACGGGCAAGUCUGUCAUCAUCAACAGGACCAGCAGCACACGCAUGUAAGCAUGCACAGUAUGUCGACGAGUACAUACCUGUGAAUACCACCCUUUUGUGAUCCAGUUAAAGUAACAGUGAUCGUGUCCUCUUUGUUUGAAAGACCGGAGCAGCGUUUUAUGGACCAGGUGUUUAAGGACAAGGCAGAAGAGAUCCAUCGAUGGAAAUUUAUUUUAAAGAGGGACAACAGCUUAGAAGACCAGGUCUGUCUGUCCUCUUUGUCUCUAAAGCUGCCCGUCUCUGUGGAGUUUCCUCCGUAAUUGACAUUGAUUGCGUCCUAUCAGCGUUUCGACCUGUUCUGUUUUGUCCCUCACAGAUCAGACCUCACCCCUUACGAGAGAAGCAGGGCAAAUCAAUGGAAGAGAGAGAGGAGGAGUACCAAAGAGUGCGAGACAGAAUUUUCAAGCAAGUGGUAAGACAGGGGGACAGAUGGACGGAUAUGAUAUGAAGACAGAAAAGAGACUGACUAAUUUCUCUGCUGUUCUGUUACAGCCGUCCUGCACCCAAGAGAGUGCCCAUGCAGAAACCAGGUAACCUUGCCUGCAGGAUAUUUUCUCCAUGUGCCUGUUCAGCUUAUUAUAUUUAGAUGAGAGCAUUAAUAUAUGUGUGUGUGUGUGUGUGUGUGUGUGUGCAGGGCUGCGGAGGAGUACAAUCCAUAUGCUGAGACCCAGAGGAGAAGGCGGCUCUUCAGGUACAGCUCUGUCUGCACAGAUGCGAAGUCAUUUAUCAUCUUAAUCCGGUCAGCCUGGCUGCAACAGAGCUGUUCAGAGUCUGCUGCAAAAACAAAAAGAGGAUCUAGAUCUGUGUUUCCUUUAGUGGCAGAGUCGAAGUUUGCUGGAAAUGUUUCAUAAUCUGUAAGGAGAUAACUAAAGGGAGUUUUUUGUAAAGACAGUUUUAUUCCUUUCUGGUUAAGAGCUUAUUUGGUAAGACUUUUUCAGGAACAGUUUAGCAAAAGCACCAGAGUACAGGGUGAUAACAAAUUUAGACCAAACGUAGUUAAUGUUAGUAAAUGCGUCACAAAUCUCCAGCCCCCCUUUUAAAGUGAUAAUUUUCAUGCCUCUCACUGGAUAAUUCUGGAUGUGCCUCACAGGGGGAGCCGUGACAGCUCGGGCUCCAGCUGGACAGGCAGCAGCAGGCAGAGCAGCACUGAAACCGAAUGUCGUUAUAGCAACGACCCCCGACCCUGGAGCAGCACGGACUCAGAUUCUUCCUACCAGUGGACAAGUCCUGUUACAAACCACCGCCAAACUGCCAACCCAGGCUGGGACGCACACAGUGGUUCAGGUGAGUCCUCUCAUCAGUAACUUUUCAACACUUCCUGUCACACCUCUGAGGUGUAAAUUCAGUCACUUCACUCCUGCAAGCAAACUUCUUUGCAGAUUUUAUCACCGCACAAAAACCAUGUUUAAAAAAAGAAAAAAAAAACACCAUAUCUUUAUUCAGCAGCAUCUAAUUAACUGAAAGCAGUGCAAGUUCUGCUGGUGUGAAAAUUGAACUCAAUCCCUGAACCUUCACACCAGAGCUGUAAAUUUUCACACAACACCUCCAGUCGUCAACGCAUAUUCAGGAAGAGCAACACGUCAAUGCAGAGACGGCUCUAAACAGUAUGUUGUUAACACAGGCGGGGGGGCUGAUGAUGAUGUUGAGAACUUUACCAGGAUUACUGUGAGAAGUGAGUUUGUUUUGAGGUGAUGAAAGUAAAACUUCUCCUCUGAGUUUCUCAUUUUCACGCCCUCCUCUUCUCCUCAGGCUCCAUCGCUCUCUACAGAAUACCCUCCACCUGUCCUCACUCAUCCACUCCUCCCCCCAUCGACGAGCCGUCUGUCUACAUCAUGGAGAACGGGAUCCCACCUGGAAGCAUCUUGGUGAACCCACAUACUGGUACAUAACGCACACACACUCACACAGAUUAAAUUAAACACACAACACAUGUACAUUUGUUACACUCAGCCCUUUGACCCCACAGGGCAGCCUUUCCUGAACCCUGAUGGGACUCCUGCCGUGUACAACCCUCCAGAUAGUCAGCAGCCAAUCAGGAACCAGACGCAGCUGCAAGUUCCUCCUGCCCAGCAGCAGCAGCAGGUAUCGCGCACACAGACACGCUCAGACACACUCAGACACAGCCACAGCAGGAAGACGCACAAUAUGUUUCGUCUGACAUACAUAAUUGUUUGUGUUUGAGUCUGUAUCUCUGUCUCCAUAUGUCUCUCAGGUGGUUCAGUACUCGUCUGUGUCUUACUCGGCUCCACAGAUGUUGCCUGUCUCUCCUGCCACACAGCCAUACUCCACAGUAUGUACCGCUGUACACGCACACAGCUGCUGCUCAUACAUGUGUUUACAGUGUAACAGCGUCUUUAUGGCUGUCUAUGUUCCCCUUGACCUCCCCUCUCUUGUGCAACAGAUUGAGGAUCUCUCCUCGCAGUUUGCUCAUAUGAGCUGUCAGUCGGCGGGUGAGGCUCCACCCCUCUACCCUACCAGUCAGAGUUACAUCUAUGCAGCUCCUCCACCUCCUCCCCCACCUCCAAAUCCCCCCAGCUACUGCCAACCCUCAUCUCAGGUACAAAAAUAUUCUUUACUUUUUUUUUUUUUUACCUCUCUUUUGAUAAACAAAAUUGUACUUGAAUUUCUAAUUUUAAACAUGAAUGAAUAAAGUGUAAAAGUCUUUAUUAUUUUUCCUGUUUACAGUUGAUUAGAAAGUAAAAACAAGGCUGAUAUUUUCUUUUUCUCUCUCUCAAAGGUGCCUGUGUAUUACUACGGCCAGUACCCUACCUCAGCUCAGCAGCCAUGCAAAGCUGUCUCCCCCAGUCAGCACAUCCACAGCCAGACAGUACAACCCACAGGUACUUUCCACUUGUGUACUUGUGGCUCUGCGAUGGUGUGAGGGUGUUAUUUGUUUGCGUGUGUGUGCGUGUGUGCCGGAGACAAGACACAGACUUGUGGCAGUAGAGGAGGGGGCCGUUACACUGUCAGAGAUGUAGUCUGAGGGUCUCACAGUGAACCGGUCUCUUUUCCUGCUGCUUCUAUUCAACAGGACACAGGAGGAGGAGAUUAGACAGUAUUCAAGAUUUUCUUUGAUCAGGAUUAAAUGCUCUGUAAAUCAGAAACGGCUUCAAACAAUCAGUGAACACCUUUCAGGCGUCACUGAUGAUUAAACACACAUACUGAGAUGAAUCAAGUGGGAGUGGAAAUGGAAGUGAAUGCAGUAAAAGUAGCUCCUUAUCAAGAUUGUGCUGUUUUGUUUUUUCUUUCUAUAUUUUAUGCUCUAUUCAGCUGAACUAUCUACCGGCUGAAUUGUAACUGCCAAAAUGAUUAUAAAAAGGGAUCUCUGCUGGUCCAUAAAUGUUAUUUUAUUGAUAUAUUAUGACUUUUGUGCAAUAAGUAAAAAAUUAGACUGGAAACAGACAGUUAUCAAAGCUUGUGAAUUAAUCCAUGAGAGAUCGAAAUCCAAAGGGCUGCAUACUUGAGGCCAGAUUUAUCAUUUUAGAAAUUUGGGAACCUCCGGCUUUUAAUUCUGAAUUUAAAAAUAUUUGAUUCUUUUGAAAGAUAAUUACUUUAAUAAUUUUCUUUUAUUCUGUGAUUGAUUGAACACCCCGGUAACAUGACUCUUCUAAUUUGUUCUUUAAAGGCUCUAAAAUUUAACGGUGGGUUAAGCCGAAAAGAUAACACUGAUGAAAGACUGCUAAUUGUUAAUAAUCUCUGUAUUUGUGUGUGUGUGUGUGUGUGUUUGGCGUAGGCUACUCUGCUGCUGCAGGGGUGCAACAGCCUCCACACACCCAGACCCAGGCUGUUCUGGGGACCUACUCACCGAUGGCCUCUCAUCAGCGUAGCAUGGUUCAGGUAAACAGCAACCAUGAGCACCCAAAAGCCUCGUUUUACAUCACCCUCCAACAAACUCAGCCCCCCCUGCAGAGGUGCCUUAGUUCACAAAGUGUAUUUUUCCUCCAACUUUUCUUCCUCUUCCUCUUCUCUCUGCAGGGAGGUGUUUCAGUGUCCUAUCCCCAAAGUAAAGUUGUGAGUGCGGUGGGUGGAGAGCCGGGUUACUGCUGCGUGGUGCCCCCACCCCCCCACCACGGCAGCUGCCAUCCUCCCAGCUGCACCAACCUCAGCGGCCCAGCCUGGAGCGCACAGUACUGAUGGUGCCUCGAAGGAUGGGAGAUUUGAUACUUUCAGUUCCUGUGUGAACUCUCUCACACACACACACACACACACUUUACAGAAACACCUUUUUUUCCCACACUCCUUCCUCACCUAAACCUGCCUUCUUCCUGAUAAUGCCCACAGGGUAUGCCGUUAACACUCUUAGCAUGUCCACACACACACAUUCACAUACACAUGCACACCCACACCCACACACAAACUUAAAUGUACCACUGUACCAAAGCUUAAUAGUAUAUAUCAGAGCUGCUGUAUUGAAUGCAUAAUUUAUAUACACAAAUGGAGUUUUAUAUUGAUAUUAAAUUAUAUAUUAUGUUUUAAGGAAAUGCACUGUGUGAAUAGAAUAAAGAGCUGUGGCUGAAUUGAUGAUGUCACAUUUCUCUAUCAUA